GUGCCUGAGUCCAGCGGCAACACCAUGGCCUCUACCGUGCAGCGGUGGUUAGACUGGCCACGAGGCAACGAUCCACCGUCGCUGGUCUUCGAGGACUCGGUACCCUGGCCAGACAACAGGCCAUGCUCUGGACAGCGCGGGCGUGCAAUGGCAUCCACCACCUUCAUCUCGACGGCAACUCAGGACCACAGUCUCCCCUGGCUGUGGAUGGGCUUCGGCCUUCUUGUGGCGGGAAGCGCAGUUGCGGUGGUGAGGAGGCCCAGACGUUCGGGCCCAGCCCGAUCUGCUGAGACGGUGUCCUGCGAGAUGACACAGACCUCUUAG